AUGCAAGGAUCUAGAGGUUAUUUGGCAUUGAAACCAUUAAGCCCAUUUAUGAGCAUUUAUCGGGUGGGAGUUUUCGCUUGCAAAUUCGAGAAUGAUGGCUUGGCAAUAUUCACACCCCGCUGGUUGCCAUCACAUUUGAAAGCUAGAGCACUAAAAUGGCGCCAGAAGACCCUUUAUGGCGUCUUAGCUGAGAAUAGGCAUUUCUUCGGCUACAGACCAUCACUAGGCAAAGCACUCUCGUCUUUAAAGGCGUUCUAUAACCAUGAGAUAACCGCUGCUGAUGCUGGGAACUCAAGACUAUUAUACACCAAGAUUAGUAAGUGCUUUGGCACUAUAUUAUCUCUUCAAUACCAUAUAGCCAUGUUGAAUUGUCCUUACCCUCUUCAAUUAUUUGGACACUCGGUAGCUUUCGGAAGCUCCGGGAGGCCGGAAAGGAUUAUUACCUUGAUCUAUGGGCCCGAGAGGAAUGAGAAAUGGGUUUGGCGGAAGGAAGAGAGACCGAAAGGGUCACUGACUUCAUCUUCCACCCUUCGCACGAAGAUAUUCAGGGUUGUUCACUUCCUCAAUAACUUUUGCUCUCUCAACACUUCUGGAUAUGCAGCGAAAAUAAAUCUCCCUUCUGGCACUGGUUGUGUUUCAGCCAUGGAAGGGGUACUCAACCUAAAAAGACGAAUUUUGGCACCAUCUAUCAUCUUGAUGCUGUUUAAGAACAAUCCUAAGGAUUUGCUGAGUUUUCAAGGAACGUAUAUCCAGGAAGGCGCGCGAACUCCGGAAAGGUGUAUUGGUGAGUCUUCUUGGAGCAGAAGUGGAAGGGCGUCGAAGCAGAACACAAAUUCGUCAACACGCCUUAGAGAUCCCAUUCAUUAUCUCUCCUGGAUAGGUACUAUCAAUACGAAGGAACGGCAAAUACUGCAACGGGAUCAGGGACAAGUUCGAGGUGCCUUCGGAGCGCAAGUUGUCCAGACGCACUUGAAGCGCAUUGAUGGUGAAUCCGCAUGGUCGCUGUAUCCCCGAGAUUCUGAAGACAACGGAAUGUAUGCCUUUCAUUUGUCAGACUGGGAAAAUGACGUAGAAGAGGCCUUACGACUCAGGGACGCAGAACGGCGUUAUAUACGGCUGAAGCCUUGUAAUUGCGAUGCAGAUCUAGAAUGGGUUACAUGUGAGAGCAAGAAAACUUGGACGAAUGCAAAAGAGAAGAUGCCAAGGCUUGAAAAACCACAGGUGAGCUUUUGCUAUGAGCUGGUGGUGCAGCGUUGCCCAGUGAAAGCUUACGGUGUCCCGUGCCCAAUCCAGUCGUUCGACACUACAACUUCCUACAUUUCUGGUAAUGGUGUUAGAGUUUACGGACUAGAUUUUCCCAUAUCUAGCGCCGGUUCUCUUUUGCAAAUCGAGGUGAAGGUUCGAUCCGGAGACCCUCCCCAGUCUAACGAGCUCGCCUACGAAUAG